CGGGGUGUGAAACAGUGCCAAAUUGUAUAUAUAUUCGGCUCGAAGGCUUCCUCAUUACAUUCAAACAGUUUUUUCCUUUGUGCAUCCACAAAACCAAAAAUGCUUCAAUUCGUUUCAGUCUUGGCCGUUGCCAUCAUAUCUGUGUCUGCUGACCCGAGCCUACAACACGUAGCAGUAUCUCCAGCAGUAGCUCCGGCUGUUGUAACUGCCCAGAGCUAUCAAGUGAUUUCCCGAAACUAUAACGGUUUAGUCUCUCCGUUCAGAGAGGCUCCGCUCAUCACCAAAGCUGCCCCGCUAGUAUCAAGACCUACAACGUUGCUUGCUGAAACGCCCAUCGUUGCUGCCGAAAGAUCAGCUAAUGUGGAAUCGAAAGCCCCCUCAACUCCAUCCAGCAGAAAUACGGAAGAGAGUUCCACUGAAGUACCUAGAGCACGGUCUUCAGCAGAUUUCAAAAUAACUCAGGCCGGGAUUCGUGAAGCACCCAGCUCCACCAAAACUGCCUCUGCAUCACUGAACAAUCUGCCUGCUGCUGGUAACAACGCUAGACUUUCAGUACCUUCAUCAGCUCCAUCUGGAAAUCGUAUCGUUCCUGUUGCUCCAACUGCUGCACUUGUGAACAAUAAUAUCUUAGCUUCCCCGUAUGCAGCACUUCCAGGUGUAACUCCAGCUGUUUCCCUUAGAUCUCCCUUCACCGCUGCACCUGUUGCUUAUUCUGCAUUUCGAGCUGCUUCUCCUUAUGUUAUUCCGUCCCCAUAUUUCUCUUCCGCUUACUCAACAUCGAAUUAUGUGAGAUUCCCCAGCGUGGUUUGA